AUGGCGGCUGCGUGGAACGGGAGUGAGUAUUUCGACAUCGACGUUGAGACCGGUAGACAAUCGUUCGCGCGGCCGUCGAACGCCGAGACUGUCGAGCAAGACGAAGAAGAUCUGAGAUGGGCAGCCGCAGGAAGGUUACCGUCGCAGAGACAAGGGAGCCAUCUAUCGGUUCUGCGUCGGUCGCAAACGUCGCAGGCGCAGACUUCUGGCUACGCAGACGGGAACGUCGUGCAGACCAUUGACGUUAGGAAGCUUGAUCGGUCUGAUCGUGAGAUGGUUGUUCGUCAGGCACUCGCCACUAGCGAUCAGGAUAAUUACAAGCUCCUCUCCGCCAUUAAAGAACGUCUCGAUAGAGUUGGAAUGGAAGUUCCCAAGAUUGAAGUCCGGUUUGAGCAUUUGAAUGUUGAAGCUGAUGUUCAAGCUGGUACAAGAGCUUUACCUACUUUGGUUAACGUAUCUCGUGAUUUCAUUGAGCGUCUCUUAAGCAGCUUGAGGAUAAUGAAGACUAGAAAACACAAGCUAACAAUCUUGAAAGAUAUCAGUGGGAUUAUCAAACCAGGAAGGAUGACUUUGCUACUAGGACCACCCGGUUCGGGGAAGUCGACUUUACUUCUUGCUCUCGCAGGGAAGCUUGAUAAAAGUUUGAAGAAAACGGGUAACAUCACUUACAAUGGAGAGAAUCUUGAUGAGUUCCAUGUUAAAAGGACUUCAGCAUAUAUUAGUCAAACAGAUAAUCACAUUGCUGAACUCACUGUUCGUGAGACACUUGAUUUUGCUGCGAGAUGUCAGGGUGCAAGCGAAGGAUUUGCAGGUUACAUGAAAGAUCUAACCCGAUUAGAGAAAGAGAGGGGUAUACAUCCUUCUUCUGAAAUUGAUGCUUUCAUGAAGGCUGCUUCUGUCAGUGGUAGUAAGCAUAGCGUUUCCACGGAUUAUGUGCUUAGAGUGCUUGGUCUUGAUGUAUGUUCAGAUACAAUGGUUGGUAAUGAUAUGAUGAGAGGUGUUUCAGGAGGUCAAAGGAAAAGAGUAACAACAGGGGAGAUGACUGUUGGGCCAAGAAAGACGUUGUUCAUGGAUGAAAUAUCUACUGGUCUUGAUAGCUCAACAACUUUCCAGAUUGUGAAAUGUGUCAGAAACUUUGUCCAUCUAAUGGACGGAACCGUUCUCAUGGCACUUCUUCAGCCUGCACCGGAAACAUUUGAUCUCUUUGACGACUUGAUUCUUCUAUCAGAAGGUUACAUGGUGUAUCAAGGUCCUCGACAAGAUGUGGUGGGAUUUUUCGAGUCUCUAGGAUUCCGUCUCCCACCACGUAAAGGUGUUGCAGAUUUUCUCCAAGAGGUGACGUCCAAAAAGGAUCAAGCUCAGUACUGGGCAGAUCCUUCUAAGCCUUAUCAAUUCAUUCCUGUCUCGGACAUAGCAGCUGCGUUCCGCAACUCGAAUUACGGGCAUGCUGCAGAUUCCAAGCUUGCAACACCAUUUAAUAAGUCAUCUGCGGAUCCUUCAGCUUUGUGCCGAACACAGUUUGCCAUAUCAGGAUGGGAGAACCUUAAAGUUUGCUUCGAACGAGAGAUACUAUUGAUCAACCGUCACAGGUUUCUUUACACGUUUAGGACAUGUCAGGUUGCAUUUGUGGGAUUUGUCACCGCCACGGUGUUUUUGAGAACUAGAUUACACCCAACAAACGAAGCAUAUGGAAACGAGUAUCUGUCUUGCCUUUUCUUUGGCCUAGUACACAUGAUGUUCAAUGGUUUCUCUGAACUGCCUCUCAUGAUAUCGCGUCUCCCAGUUUUCUACAAGCAAAGGGAUAACUCGUUUCAUCCAGCUUGGUCCUGGUCUAUUGCUAGCUGGAUCUUGCGUGUGCCUUACUCUAUCCUUGAAGCUGUUGUUUGGACUUGUGUAGUAUACUACAGUGUGGGACUUGCUCCCUCAGCAGGCAGGUUUUUCCGAUACAUGUUACUCCUCUUCUCGGUGCAUCAAAUGGCUCUAGGUUUGUUUCGUAUGCUGGCUUCUGUAGCAAGGGACAUGGUCAUUGCAAAUACAUUCGGAUCUGCAUCAAUCUUGGCAGUGUUCUUGCUUGGUGGAUUCGUUAUUCCAAAAGAUGAUAUUAAACCCUGGUGGACUUGGGGUUUUUGGAUAUCACCUUUAUCCUAUGGGCAACGUGCCAUUGCGGUCAAUGAAUUCACAGCCACGAGGUGGAUGCAGCCAUCAGCUAUAUCGAAUACUACAAUUGGAUUCAACUUUCUCAAGCUACGAAGUUUCCCAACAAAUGACAACUGGUAUUGGAUUGGAGUUGGUGUACUCAUUUGUUAUGCACUUCUCUUCAACAACAUUGUCACUCUCGCCUUGGCUUACCUUAACCCUCUAAAAAAGGCUCGAGCAGUUGUUUUAGAAGAUCUGAAUGAAGAAACCCAAACUGCUUCAGUAUCAAAUCCAAGACAAGGAAGAAGUGAGAAGAAAGGAAUGAUUCUUCCGUUCAAACCAUUAACAAUGACUUUCCACAACGUUAACUAUUAUGUUGACAUGCCAAAGGAAAUGCGUUCUCAAGGUGUACCAGAGACAAGACUACAACUGUUAUCAAACGUGAGUGGAGUCUUCUCCCCUGGCGUUCUUACAGCUUUGGUUGGAUCAAGUGGUGCUGGAAAAACUACAUUGAUGGAUGUUCUUGCGGGUCGAAAAACCGGUGGAUAUACGGAGGGAGAUAUCAGAAUCUCUGGUUACCAAAAAGAACAACAAACAUUUGCAAGAAUCUCUGGAUAUGUUGAGCAAAACGAUAUACAUUCUCCACAAGUCACAGUUGAAGAGUCCCUUUGGUUCUCUGCUAGGCUUCGUCUUCCUAAAGAGAUCAGCAAAGAAAAGAAAAAGGAAUUUGUGGAAGAAGUUAUGAGACUAGUGGAGCUUGAUAGUCUGAGAUAUGCAUUAGUAGGUUUACCUGGUACAACCGGACUGUCUACAGAACAGAGGAAACGUCUAACAAUUGCUGUUGAGUUAGUUGCAAAUCCAUCGAUAAUUUUCAUGGAUGAACCAACAUCUGGACUUGAUGCAAGAGCAGCUGCAAUUGUGAUGAGAACGGUUAGGAACACUGUUGACACUGGUAGAACAGUGGUUUGCACCAUUCAUCAACCCAGCAUUGACAUUUUUGAGGCUUUUGACGAGCUGCUUCUAAUGAAACGAGGAGGACAGGUUAUAUAUGGCGGGAAAUUAGGUGAACACUCUCAGGUUAUGGUAGACUACUUUCAGGGUAUUAAUGGAGUUCCUGGAAUCUCAAGUGGCUACAACCCAGCAACUUGGAUGCUUGAAGUAACCACGCUUGCUCUGGAGGAGAAAUUUAGCAUGGAUUUUGCAGAUUUAUACAAAAAAUCUGAACAGUUUAGAGAAGUGGAGGCAAACAUCAAGCAACUCAGUGUUCCACCAGAAGGCUCAGAGCCAAUAAAGUUCGACUCAAUAUACUCACAAAACCAACUCUCUCAGUUUCUACUCUGCCUCUGGAAACAGAACCUCGUCUACUGGAGAAGUCCAGAAUACAAUCUUGUGAGACUGAUCUUCACAACAGUCGCUGCCAUUAUACUCGGCACGGUCUUCUGGGACAUUGGUUCCAAGAGAACUUCCACACAAGAUUUGGUCACUAUAAUGGGAGCACUUUACUCGGCUUGCUUGUUUCUUGGUGUUAGUAAUGCUUCAUCAGUACAACCGAUCGUCUCGAUCGAAAGGACGGUUUUCUAUAGAGAGAAAGCGGCGGGAAUGUAUGGUCCAAUCCCAUAUGCAGCAGCUCAAGGGCUUGUGGAGAUACCUUACAUUCUCACCCAAACCAUUCUCUAUGGCGUCAUCACAUACUUCACCAUUGGUUUUGAAAGAACGUUGAGUAAGUUUGUUCUCUACUUGGUGUUCAUGUUCCUCACUUUCACCUACUUCACCUUCUACGGCAUGAUGGCGGUUGGUCUCACCCCGAAUCAGCACUUAGCCGCUGUGAUCUCCUCUGCGUUUUACUCUCUAUGGAAUCUUCUUUCAGGUUUCCUCGUCCAAAAACCUUUGAUUCCAGUGUGGUGGAUAUGGUUCUAUUACAUAUGUCCAGUGGCGUGGACGCUUCAAGGAGUGAUCCUUUCACAGCUUGGUGACGUGGAGAGCAUCAUCAAGGAGCCAAUGUUCCAUGGCACGGUCAAGCAGUUUAUUGAACAGUACUUUGGGUUUAAGCCAGAUAUGAUAGGUGUAUCUGCUGCUGUUCUUGUCGGAUUUUGCGCUCUCUUCUUCUCUGGAUUCGCACUUUCAGUCAAAUUCCUCAAUUUCCAGAGAAGAUAG